GUAAAUGCGUACCGUAGGCGCGACCUCGGGCGGUUGGUGGGGCUACCGGGUCUUACCAGUCGCUGCGUGAGUCCCGGAGGGGGGGUUGCUGAGGAAACGCCUCUCCGGCGUCCUUCCCCUCCCUGGGGUCCUUUGAACAUAGUUUGGCUGGGACUCGCCUUUUGGCGGCGCGGAGGAUUUCAAGGCCCUGACGCGCGGCCCUGAAUUUCCGGAAGUGGGGGCCGCACCGCGCCGUCAAGAUGUGCUCGACGCCCGGAAUGCCGGCGCCAGGGGCCUCGCUGGCCCUGCGAGUAUCCUUCGUGGACGUGCAUCCCGAUGUGAUCCCGGUGCAGCUGUGGGGGCUGGUGGGCGAGCGGCGGGGCGAGUACCUGCGGCUGAGCCGGGAAAUCCAGGAAGCGGCGGCCACGCGCGGCCAAUGGGCGCUGGGCAGCGCCUCGGCCUCGCCCGGCGAGCUGUGCCUGGUGCAGGUGGGGCUUCUGUGGCACCGCUGCCGCGUGGUCAGCCGGCAGGCACAGGAGAGCCGUGUCUUCCUGCUGGACGAGGGCCGCACCAUCACUGCCGGCGCAGGCUCGCUGGCGCCCGGGCGCAGAGAGUUCUUCUACUUGCCCUCGGAAGUGCUCGGCUGCGUGCUGGCGGGCCUGGUGCCGGCAGGCUGCGGCGCGGGCGCGGGCGAGCCGCAGCACUGGCCUGCCGACGCUGUGGACUUCCUUAGCAAUCUUCAGGGCAAGGAGGUGCACGGGUGCGUCCUGGACGUGCUGCUACUCCAUCGCCUGGUCCUCCUGGAGGUGCCCGAUGUGUUCCAACAGAUGCGGGAGCUGGGCCUGGCCCGGCGGGUGCCCGACAGCCUCUUCCGUUCGUUGCUGGAGCGCUAUCUCACAGCGGCCACUGCUAGCGUGGGCUCUGGGGUCCCGGUUCUCUCGCGAGUCCCGCAGAAGCAAAAGCAGCCUGGUCUGGAUUACUUCUAUCCCCAGCUGCAGCUGGGCGUGACGGAGCCCGUGGUCGUAACCCAAGUGUGCCAUCCCCACCGCAUUCACUGCCAGCUCCGCAGCCUCUCGCAGGAGAUCCACCGCCUCUCUGAGAGUAUGGCCCAGGUAUACCGGGGUUCCACAGGGACAGGGGAUGAGAACUGUACCAGCGCCACCUGGGAGGAGAGGGAGGAGAGCCCAGACAAGCCGGGCUCUCCUUGUGCAUCCUGUGGCCUGAAUGGACAUUGGUACAGAGCACUCUUGCUUGAGACUUUUCGGCCCCAGCGCUGUGCCCAGGUGCUUCACGUGGACUAUGGAAGGAAGGAGUUAGUGAGCUGCAGCAGCCUUCGGUACUUGUUGCCUGAAUAUUUUCGAAUGCCGGUGGUGACCUACCCUUGCGCUUUGUAUGGACUCUGGGAUGGUGGGAGAGGCUGGUCUCGGUCACAGGUCGGUAAUCUGAAGGCACUGAUACUGGGCAAGGCAGUGAAUGCAAAGAUUGAAUUUUAUUGCUCCUUUGAGCAUGUAUAUUAUGUCACCCUGUAUGGAGAAGAUGGGAUUAAUCUGAACCGUGUGUUUGGAGUACAGUCGUGUUGCUUGGCUGACCGAGUCCUUCAGAGCCAGGGAACAGAGGAAGAGGAACCAGAAACAUCUCCUCAGUCUCAGUCUCCUGCUGAAGAAGUAGAUGAAGAGAUUUCACUCCCAGCCUUAAGAUCUAUCAGGUUAAAGAUGAAUGCCUUCUACGAUGCACAGGUAGAGUUUGUUAAAAAUCCUUCUGAGUUUUGGAUUAGGUUGAGGAAACACAAUGUCACCUUCAGUAAGCUGAUGAGGAGAAUGUGCAGUUUCUAUUCCUCUGCCAGUAAGCUGGAUGGUGUAGUUUUGAAACCUGAACCUGAUGACCUUUGCUGUGUCAAGUGGAAAGAAAAUGGUUAUUAUAGGGCCAUAGUCACCAAAUUGGAUGACAGGAGUGUGGAUGUAUUCUUAGUUGACCGAGGCAAUUCGGAAAAUGUGGACUGGUAUGACGUACGGAUGCUGCUUCCUCAGUUUAGGCAGCUACCAAUAUUGGCUCUGAAGUGCACCCUAGCUGAUAUUUGGCCUUUGGGAAAAACUUGGAGCCAGGAGGCAGUUUCCUUUUUUGAAAAGACUGUGCUCCACAAAGAAUUAGUCAUCCAUAUUCUUGAUAAACAGGGUCAUCAAUAUGUUAUUGAGAUUCUUGAUGAAUCAAGAACAGGGGAAGAAAACAUCAGUAAGGUAAUUGCCCAAGCUGGAUAUGCCAAGUAUCAGGAAUUUGAAACAAAGGAAAAUAUCCCAGUAAAUGCCCACUCCCAAGGGCAUGUUUCAAAUCAUUUUACUACGGAGAAUAACAAAAUACCUUUUGCCAAGACUGGAGAAGGAGAGCAGAAAGCCAAGAGAGAGAAUAAAACCACAUCUGUUUCAAAAGCUUUGAGUGACACAAGAGUUGUGACAAAUGGUUCAUCUGAACUAGUUGUGCAGGAAAAAGUGAAAAGAGCAUCUGUUUAUUUUCCUCUUAUACAGAAUUUCUUGGAAAUUAAGCCAGGCUCCUCUUGUAAAGGAGAGCUGGAAGUUGGAAGUACAGUAGAAGUCAGAGUGUCUUAUGUUGAAAACCCUGGCUAUUUCUGGUGUCAGCUGACCAGGAACAUACAAGGACUUAAAACUCUAAUGUCUGAUAUUCAGUACUAUUGCAAAAAUAUAGCUGCUCCUCACCAGGGAAACACGCCUGCUUGUUUGGCUAAGCGAACGGUAAACAGACAAUGGUCCAGAGCACUCAUUAGUGGUAUACAAUCUGUGGAGCAUGUCAAUGUAAUAUUUGUAGAUUAUGGAGACAGAGAAAUGGUAUCUGUGAAGAAUAUUUAUUCAAUUGGUGAAGAAUUUCUCAAGGUUAAGGCUCAGGCUUUUAGGUGCAGUCUUUAUAAUUUAAUUCAACCAAAUGGUCAAAAUCCCUUUGUUUGGGAUGUAAAGGCGAUACAGGCUUUCAAUGAAUUUGUAGAUAAUGCAUGGCAAAAAAAUCUAGAAUUAAAAUGUACAGUAUUUGCUCUGGCUUCAAUUAAUAAUGAAGAACUGUUUAACAUUGUAGAUUUGCUAACACCCUUUCAGAGCGCAUGCCAUUUCUUGGUAGAAAAGAGACUUGCGAGACCGGUAAAACUUCAGAAGCCUUUGGAGUCCUCUGUUCAGCUACAUUCCUACUUCUAUUCUACGCAUGAUAUGAAAAUUGGAAGUGAAGAAUUAGUGUAUAUAACGCAUAUUGAUGACCCUUGGACAUUUUAUUGCCAGCUGGCAAGAAAUGCAAGUAUUUUAGAACAGUUGUCAUGUAGUAUUACACAAUUAAGUAAAGUUUUGCUGAAUUUAAAAACAUCUCCCUUGAACCCUGGAACCUUGUGCCUUGCCAAGUAUACUGAUGGAAACUGGUAUAGGGGCAUAGUAAUAGAAAAAGAGCCAAAGAAAGUCUUCUUUGUUGAUUUUGGGAAUAUUUAUGUAGUAACAAGUGAUGAUCUGCUUCCAAUACCUAGUGAUGCAUAUGAUGUCUUACUUUUGCCCAUGCAAGCUGUCAGAUGUUCAUUAUCUGAUAUUCCUGAUCAUAUACCAGAAGAAGUGGUGGUGUGGUUUCAGGAGACUAUUUUAGAUAAGUCAUUGAAGGCUUUAGUUGUAGCAAAAGAUCCAGAUGGAACACUGAUUAUAGAACUAUAUGGUGAUAAUAUUCAAGUUAGUGCUAGUAUUAAUAAGAAGUUGUGGCUACUUAGUUACAAAGAUAGAAUAAGAAAAAAAGAAAGUGAAGUGCUCCCUUCUACAACUGAAAAUCUUGCAGAAAAAAAUGAGAAUAUGAAGUUGCCAUGUACAGAGUAUUUAAGUAAAUCAGUAGGGAACAAGUUACAUAAUAAAGAAAUUUCAGAACAGUCAUAUAAACCUAAGAUCAACUCAUCAUACAAGGAACUCAGACUUUUACAAAGUUUAACAAAAACAAACUUAGUCACUCAAUAUCAAGACUCUGUGGGAAAUAAAAAUAGUCAAGUGUUUCCAUUAACAACAGAAAAGAAAGAAGAAAUUUGUGCUGAGACACUCUUGAAAACAGCAAGAGUAGAAGCCACUCUUUCAGAGAGAAAAAUAGGAGGUUCAUGUGACAAAGAUUUGCCUCUGAAAUUUUGUGAGUUCCCACAGAAGACUAUAAUGCCUGGAUUUAAAACAACUGUAUAUGUUUCUCAUAUAAAUGAUCUUUCAGAUUUUUAUGUUCAAUUAAUAGAAGAUGAAUCUGAAAUUAGUCAUCUUUCAGAGAGAUUAAACAGUGUUAAAACAGGGCCCGAAUAUUAUGCAGGUCCACCUUUGCAAAGAGGAGAUGUGAUAUGUGCUGUUUUCCCAGAAGACAAUUUAUGGUAUCGUGCUGUGGUCAAGGAGCAACAACCCAAUGACCUUCUCUCUGUGCAGUUUAUAGAUUAUGGCAAUGUUUCUGUGGUUCAUACUAACAAAAUAGGUAGGCUUGACCUUGUUAAUGCAGUAUUGCCAGGAUUGUGCAUUCAUUGCUCCUUGCAGGGAUUUGGGGUUCCUGACAAUAAAAUCUCUAAGAAAAUGAUGUAUUACUUUUCCCAACGGACCAGCGAGACUGCAAUAAGAUGUGAAUUUGUUAAAUUUCGAGACAGAUGGGAAGUUAUUCUUGCUGAUGAACAUGGGAUCAUAGCAGAUGAUAUGAUUAACAGGUAUACUGUCAGUGAAAAAUCUCAAAUAGAACUUUCUACCCAAGUAAUUAAAGGUGCCAGUUCAAACUCUGUUAACAAAUCAGAUGUUGACACUUCAGUAUUUCUUAACUGGUAUAAUCCGGAAAAAAAAAUGGUAAGAGCUUAUGCCACUGUGAUAGAUGGACCUGAGUACUUUUGGUGUCAGUUUGCUGAUACAGAGAAACUUCAGUAUUUAGAAGUAGAAGUACAGACUGCUGGAGAACAGGUAGUAAACAGGAGAAAUUGUAUCCCAUGUCCUUAUAUUGGAGAUCCUUGUAUAAUAAGAUACAGAGAAGAUGGACAUUAUUAUAGAGCACUUAUCACUAAUAUUUGUGAAGAUUAUCUUGUAUCUGUCAGACUUGUGGACUUUGGAAACGUUGAAGACUGUGUGGACCCAAAAGCACUCUGGGCCAUUCCUUCUGAACUUUUGUUGGUUCCCAUGCAAGCCUUUCCAUGUUGCCUCUCGGGAUUUCACAUUUCAGAAGGAGUAUGUUCUCAAGAGGGAAAUGACUAUUUCUAUGAAAUAGUAACAGAAGAUGUGUUGGAAAUAACGAUAUUAGAAAUCAGAAGGGAUGUUUGUGAUAUCCCUUUAGCAAUUGUCGACUUGAAAAGCAAAGGUAAAAGUAUUAAUGAGAAAAUGGAGAAAUAUUCUAAGAUUGGUAUUACUAAAAGUGCUCUUCCCUAUGAAAAUACGGACUCGGAGAUAAAGCAGGCUCUUGGGUCCUGCAAUCUUGAUGUAGGACUUAAGAAAUUAAGUAAUAAAGCUGUCCAAAAUAAAAUAUAUAUGGAACAGGCAGAUGAGCUUGCUGAAAGAACUGAAAAAGAUGUAAACAAUAUCGGAACCAAACCAAGUAACUUCCGUGACCCUAAAACUGAUAAGAUUUGUGAAGGUUUUGAAAACCCCUGCAAAGAUAAAAUUGAUACUGAGGAACUGGAAGGUGAAGUAGAGUGUCAUCUUGUUGACAAAGCAGAGUUUGAUGAUAAAUACCUAAUUACAGGAUUUAACACAUUACUACCACAUGGUAAUGAAACAAAGGAGAUACUAGAACUGAAUUCACUUGAGGUGCCACUUUCUCCUGAUGAUGAAUCAAAAGAAUUCUUAGAGCUGGAAUCCAUUGAGUUACAGAAUUCUCUGGUGGUGGAUGAAGAAAAAGAGGAGCUAAGCCUGGUGCCACCAAGUAUGCCACUCUCCCAAGAGUGUGUCACAAAAGGUGCCCUGGAGCUAUUUACAGGGCAGCUUCCUCUCACCUGUGAAGCUGAGAAACAACCAGAACUAGAGUUACCUACAGCCCAGCUGCCUUUAGAUGACAAGAUGGAUCCUUUGUCUUUAGGAGUUAGUCAGAAAGCACAAGAGUGCAUGUGUACUGAGGACGUGAGAAAGGCAAGUUGUGUAGAAUCUUUUGAUGACCAGCACAGGAUGUCAUUGCAUCUACAUGGAGCAGAUUGUGAUCCUAAAACACAGAUUGAAAUGAAUAUAUAUGAAGAAGAAUUUAUAGAGUAUAAAAACAGGGAUGACAUUUCAGCAUUGAUGCCUUUGUUCUCUGAGGAAGAAAGCAGUGAUGGAAGCAAGCACAAUAAUGGUUUACCAGAUCAUGUCUCAGCUCAACCACAGAACACCUACACUCUGAAAGCCUUUACUGUUGGAUCUAAAUGUGUUGUGUGGUCAAGUCUAAGAAACACAUGGUCUAAAUGUGAGAUUUUAGAAACAGCUGAAGAAGGAACAAGGGUUUUGAACCUUUCAAAUGGUUUGGAGGAGAUAGUGAACCCUGAGAAUGUCUGGAAUGGCAUACCCAAAUCGGAUAAGCGUCCACCUGAGGGGUUUGGAGAUGAUGGAGAUUUAAUUGUGGAUCUAUAGCUGUGGCCAAUCAGUCAGAAGCUGCCCUCGAACAAGUGGCAUCUUACCCAGACCAACAGAAUAUUUGAGAAAAUUGAAAACAUGUAACCACAAGAAGUUGUCAUUUUCAAAAACUUUUAUAUAGGUGGAAAACAAAAUAGGUCUCAGGUUGACAGUGGAGUAUAUUUAUAGUGAUACUGUUGUAUAUAUGGAUCUGGGAUCUUUCUUCUUUAUUGUCUUAUGUUUCUAAUUAGUUGGAAGGAUUUAUUUUGCUAAACAGUUCACUAACACAUUACAUUUCAAAAAACUAUUUUGGUACCUUUCAAAUACAGUGUUUACAUUAAAAUAGAAAAAUAAAGGCUCAUGACAAGUACAUUAUUUGAUUCUACUUAGGAUAGCUUUUUAGCAGGAUCUCCUUCAGAAUUUUUGUCUUGAUUUUGAAUCUUUGCCUGUUUGUCUAAACAUUUGACUAACAUUCUGUUUGAAUUUGGAAGUAUUCUAAUACAAGAUUUGAAUAAAGUUUAUCCUUAAAUAAA